UGAGAGUUUCAUUGUAUCAAAGUGAGUGUGUGAGAGUGUUUCUUUUCUCCAUUGUAUCCAAUUUUCGUCAACAAUCAAAGACUCUAUUCACAAUGGAAGGAGAGACUAUCAAGAUUAUGAACCAAGACCUUGUGAGGUUGGAUCGUUUUGAUGGUUCCAACUUCACUAGGUGGCAAGACAAGGUGAGAUUCCUUCUCACAGCACUCAAGAUUUUCUACAUCCUUGAUCCUACCUUGGCACCGUUACCGGAACCAAAGGAAAAUGACACACCUCAAGUGGUGGCGGCAAGGAAGAAGAGGGAGGAGGAUGAGCUCAUAUGUAGGGGUCAUAUUUUGAACGCCUUAUCCGAUAGGCUAUAUGAUCUCUACACCAACACCAAUUCCGCGAGGGAGAUUUGGGAGGCUCUUGAAAACAAGUACAAAGCCGAGGAAGAAGAAAAGUGAAAAGGCUUGAUCAAUCCCAAGACUAUUUCC